GCAGGGCCGCUCGCUGUGCCCGGCGUGGUGCGUGGUGCAUGGCGGGAUAAGGUGAAGGUCAUGUGUGUGCAUCACUGACACGGGCACUCUGAACUGAAGGAAUGGGUUGUCUCAAUAGUGCUUGUGACCUGGGGCUAGAACGGAGAAUGUAUAGCCAUCACUCGGUGUUGGGGACAGUAUUUUCUUGGGGGAAGAAUAGACCUUUUGACUUGAGUCAGGUGUGGGCCCCUCUCAGCAGUGGGAAAUGCCAGCCCACCUGCCAACACAGUCAGCGCACCAGUGUGGAUUGGGCACAGCCUGGCAGGGCUUGGUGGGGUGUGGCGCUCAUGGCUGCAGCCAGCGUGACCCCUCCCAGCUCCCUGGACCUGCUGCAGCCCGGCUUCUCCAAGACCCUCCUGGGGACCAAGCUCGAGGACAAGUACCUGUGCUCAGCCUGCAGGAACGUGCUGCGCAGGCCCUUCCAGGCGCAGUGCGGCCACCGCUACUGCUCCUUCUGUCUGAGCACCAUCCUGAGCUCCGGGCCCCAGAGCUGCGCUGCCUGUGUGCAGGAGGGCAUUUACGAGGAGGGCGUCUCAAUCCUGGAGAGCAGCUCGGCGUUCCCGGACAAUGCCGCCCGCAGGGAGGUGGAGAGCCUGCCGGCAGUCUGUCCCAGCGAGGGCUGCUCCUGGAAGGGCACCCUGAAGGAGUACGAGAGCUGCCACGAAGGACACUGCCCGUUCAUGCUGACUGAGUGCCCGGCGUGUAAAGGCCUCGUGCGCCUCGGCGAGAAGGAGCAGCACCUGGAGCAUGAGUGCCCGGAGCGGAGCCUCAGCUGCCGGCACUGCCGGGCGCCCUGCUGCCCAGCCGACAUGAAGGCGCACCACCAGAUCUGCCCCAAGUUCCCCCUGACGUGCGACGGCUGCGGCAAGAAGAAGAUCGCCCGGGAGAAGUUUCAGGACCACGUCCGGACGUGUGGCAGAUGUCGAGUCCCGUGCCGAUUCCACGCCGUCGGCUGCCCUGAGAUGGUGGAGAGUGAGAAGCAGCAGGAGCACGAGGCACAGCGGCUCCGGGAGCACCUGGCCCUGCUGCUGGGUGUCCUGCUGGAGGCCGGGCGGCCCCUGGGGGACGGCCGCCCACUCCUCGGCCAGGGCGAGGGCACCUGGGAGGCCAGCGCACCCUCCAGGGCGGCGGAGCUGCUACAGAGGUGCGAGGCCCUGGAGCGGAAGACGGCCACCUUUGAGAACAUCGUCUGUGUGCUGAACCGGGAGGUGGAGCGGGUGGCCGUGACGGCCGAGGCCUGCGGCCGGCAGCACCGGCUGGACCAAGACAGGAUCGAGGCCCUGAGCAACAAGGUGCAGCAGCUGGAGCGGAGCAUCGGCCUGAAGGACCUGGCCGUGGCCGACCUGGAGCAGAAGGUCUUGGAGAUGGAGGCGUCCACCUUCGAUGGCGUGUUCAUCUGGAAGAUCUCGGACUUCUCCAGGAAGCGGCAGGAAGCCGUGGCCGGCCGCACGCCCGCCAUCUUCUCCCCAGCCUUCUACACCAGCAGGUACGGCUACAAGAUGUGCCUGCGCGCCUACCUCAACGGGGACGGCACCGGGCGUGGCACGCACCUGUCCCUCUUCUUCGUGCUGAUGCGGGGCCCGCAUGACGCCCUCCUGCGCUGGCCCUUCAACCAGAAGGUGACCCUGAUGCUGCUGGACCAGAACCACCGCGAGCACGUGAUCGACGCCUUCAGGCCCGACGUGACCUCCUCGUCCUUCCAGAGGCCGGUCAGCGACAUGAACAUCGCCAGCGGCUGCCCGCUCUUCUGCCCCGUCUCCAAGAUGGAGGCCAAGAACUCCUACGUGCGUGACGACGCCAUCUUCAUCAAAGCCAUCGUGGACCUGACGGGGCUCUAGUCGCCUCUCACACAGCGGGGCCCCGCGCUGGGUGGGCUCCGCUGAGCUGUCCUCAGGGGCCCGUCCUGAGCGGGGCUGGGCUGAGGGGCUGUGUGUCCCUGCUGGGUGCGCCCCGCAGGCCUGGAACCCUCAGUCUGCAGCAGGGCAGCCGUGGCGAGGAGCCCAGGAGAGGAGGGCCUGGCUGCCGCUCAGAGGAGAGCCCUGCUG